AUGAGCUCUUAUUUCGUCAACUCACUGUUCUCCAAAUACAAAACCGGGGAGUCCCUGCGCCCCAAUUAUUAUGACUGCGGCUUCGCCCAGGACCUGGGCGGCCGACCCACCGUGGUGUACGGUCCCAGCAGCGGCGGCAGCUUCCAGCACCCGUCGCAAAUCCAGGAGUUCUACCACGGGCCAUCGUCGCUGUCCACGGCUCCCUACCAGCAGAACCCGUGUGCCGUGGCGUGCCACGGAGACCCCGGCAACUUCUACGGCUACGACCCGCUGCAGCGCCAGAGCCUGUUCGGUGCGCAGGAUCCAGACCUGGUGCAGUACGCAGACUGCAAGCUCGCGGCCGCCAGCGGCCUGGGCGAGGAGGCCGAGGGGUCUGAGCAGAGCCCGUCGCCCACACAGCUCUUCCCCUGGAUGCGCCCUCAAGCAGCCGCCGGACGCAGGCGAGGCCGCCAGACCUACAGCCGCUACCAGACCCUGGAGCUGGAGAAGGAGUUCCUAUUUAAUCCCUAUCUGACUCGCAAGCGGAGGAUCGAGGUAUCGCACGCUCUGGGACUGACAGAGAGACAGGUCAAAAUCUGGUUCCAGAACCGGAGAAUGAAGUGGAAAAAGGAGAACAACAAAGACAAGUUCCCCAGCAGUAAAUGCGAGCAGGAGGAGCUGGAGAAAGAGAAGCUGGAGCGGGCGCCAGAGACCGCCGAGCAGGGCGAUGCGCAGAAGGGUGACAAGAAGUAG